AUUUUUUUUUACAAGGAGAAUCAAAGCUGGUGAAUUUCACAAAGUAAAGCGUGAAAGAAAACAUCCUGUCCCAAGUGACAGUUUUUGUUAACAUGCCAUUAUAUAGCGACAGGGGGGAAAAACAUAUAAAUAGUCGAGCACUUUGCAAUUCAAAAAAUAAACCUAUCCCUUUCCUUUCCUUCAAACUUAAUCAUGAAGUUUCAAUUUGCCACUCUAUUGCUCCUUACUAUCACUUUUGCUUGUAAUGUGUUUGCAAGCUCUGUUGCUGCUGCCAGCAGUUUGAUGCCUCGUCAUUACAAAUACCCUGUCAAGGCUAAUGAUGCCUUGAUUGCCAAGGUGAUGGCCUCUGUCGAAGCUCAAGUUUAUACCAAGGUAUUGGCAAAGGUAUCUGCCAACUUUGCUGAAGAACUUUCUGCUUCUUUGGAUAUCAAGGCUUCUCUUCUCGGUGGUGCUGUUCAAAUCGGUGAUCUUCACAUCAAGGCUCUUCAAAAGGCUGCUGUCAAGAAGUUGAAGGCUGAAUUCGAUGCUGAAUUGAAGGCUCAAGUCAAGGCUAAGGUUUACAAGGAAAUUGAAGUUCUUCUUCGCAAGAAGUGCGGCCAUAAGUCUCUUACUGAAAAGCAACUCUUGAAGAUCCUUAUUGAUGUCGAAGCCAAACUUAAGCAAUCUCUCAAGGUCGAACUCCCCAAGAUUGGUGUUAGCUUGAAGCUCAAGGCUAAGGAGCAAAUUGAAGUGACUCUUAAGGACCUCAAAGUAGACAUUCCUCUCAUUGCAAAGAUUUCCGUCAAUGCCUCUAUCAACCAAAAGGCUGCCAUCGAUAGCUGUAUCUCUGUCGGCGUCAAGGCUUGUGUCAAGUUGAACGCUACUGAAUGUGCUAAGCUUAUCAUCAAGGGCUUAUAAUUUUCAUUAUAAACUGUACUAGUACUUAAUAAAUAACACAC